UUCGCCAUUCCACUACUGCAUUUUUUUAAACAAACAGAGCAGAAAGCACAAAAACCGCUUUUCAGUAAUUAGAGUGCGAUUCUGCUCCUUUUUCAACUCGAAACCCUAUCCCUAGGGUUUUUCAGUGGAUUGCUUGCUGGUGCUACUGAUUUGAUGCUAUAGGCUGAGGUUGAAGUGGAUCCACUCGAUUCGAUAACUCUUCUCAUCAACUUUUCAUCGUUUGAUGCUGUUGUGAACCUUUAAGUUCAAUAGAAAAUGUCUCGAGCUGAGGAACAUUGGGAGCGGUUAGUUCGUGCUGCAUUGAGGAGGGAAAGGACUGGUGAUGAUGCAUAUGGGCGACCUGUUGGUGGUAUUGCGGGAAAUGUACCAUCUGCCCUAGCUAAAAAUAGGGAUAUCGAUGAAAUUUUGAGAGUUGCUGAUGAAAUUGAAGAUGAUGAUCCCAAUAUCUCAAGAAUAUUAUGUGAGCAUGCAUAUUCAUUAUCUCAAAAUUUGGACCCCAACAGUGAAGGCCGAGGUGUUUUGCAAUUCAAGACUGGUUUGAUGUCUGUCAUCAAGCAAAAGCUGACUAAAAGAGAAGCUGGAACCAUAGAUAGAAGUCAGGACAUAGCACGGUUACAAGAGUUCUACAAGAGUUACAGGGAGAAGCAUAAUGUGGAUAAAUUAUGUGAGGAAGAAAUGAAGUUAAGGGAAUCUGGUGCUUUCAGCCGGGAUCUUGGCGAGUUGGAGCGCAAGACUCUGAAGAGAAAAAGGGUUUUUGCUACCUUAAAGGUUUUGGGAACAGUACUAGAGCAGCUGUGUGAAGAAGAAAUUCCUGAUGAGCUGAAGCGGCUCAUGGACUCAGAUUCUGCAUUGACAGAAGAUCUGAUUGCGUACAACAUCAUCCCCUUAGAUGCUUCCUCUUCAACAAAUGCUAUUGUUUAUUUCCCUGAGGUGCAAGCAGCAGUUUCAGCUUUGAAGUAUUUCAAUGGCUUGCCGGAGUUGCCUAGGGGCUAUUUCAUUCAACCUACAAGGAAUGCUACCAUGUUUGAUUUUUUGCAGUGUACUUUUGGAUUUCAGAAAGAUAAUGUAGCUAAUCAGCAUGAACACAUAGUUCACCUGCUUGCAAAUGAACAAUCUCGGCUUAGAAUUCCAGAGGAAGCUGAACCUAAAUUGGAUGAAGCUGCCGUGCAGGCAAUAUUCCUCAAGUCCCUUCAGAAUUACAUAAACUGGUGCGACUAUUUAGGCAUUCAACCUGUUUGGAGCAGUUUGGAGGCUGUCAGUAAAGAGAAGAAAUUACUAUAUGUUUCUUUGUACUUCCUAAUAUGGGGUGAAGCCUCAAAUAUCAGGUUUCUCCCAGAAUGCUUGUGCUACAUAUUCCAUCAUAUGGCUAGAGAGAUGGAUGAGAUUUUAAGGCAGCAGAUUGCACAGCCAGCUAAUAGUUGCACUUAUGAUUCUAAGGAUGGCGUCUCAUUUCUUGAUAAUGUUAUCUUUCCUCUCUAUGAUAUUGUUUCCGCAGAAGCUGCAAACAAUGAUAAUGGGAAAGCACCUCAUUCCUCGUGGAGGAAUUAUGAUGAUUUUAAUGAGUAUUUCUGGUCAAUCCAUUGCUUUGAGCUUAGUUGGCCCUGGCGGAAAAGUUCUCCAUUUUUUCAAAAGCCACAACCCAGAUCAAAGAAAAUGCUUAUACCUGGCAGCAGUAGGCAUCAGGGAAAAACAUCUUUUGUGGAGCAUCGAACUUUUUUUCAUCUUUAUCAUAGCUUCCACCGAUUGUGGAUAUUUCUAUUCAUGAUGUUUCAGGGUCUAACCAUCCUUGCAUUCAAUAAUGGAAAGCUUAAUGCCAAGACUUUGCGAGAGGUGCUUAGUCUUGGACCUACAUUUGUCGUGAUGAAAUUUUUUGAGAGUGUUCUGGACAUUUUCAUGAUGUAUGGUGCAUAUUCAACAACAAGACGCUCAGCUGUCUCUCGAAUUUUUUUACGUUUUCUUUGGUUCAGCCUUGCUUCAGUUUUCAUAACUUUCCUUUAUGUAAAAGCACUCCAGGAAGAGAGUAACAUAAAUGGAAACUCUGUUGUCUUCAGAUUGUAUGUGAUUGUCAUAGGGAUUUAUGCUGGUGUCCAAUUUUUCAUUAGUUUCCUCAUGCGGAUACCAGCAUGUCAUCGUCUAACAAAUCAAUGUGAUCGCUUUCCUUUAAUUAGCUUUGUGAAGUGGCUGCGCCAGGAACGGCAUUAUGUUGGACGGGGAAUGUAUGAAAGGAGUUCAGAUUUCAUAAAGUAUAUGCUGUUUUGGCUUGUUAUUUUGAGUGCAAAAUUUGCGUUUGCUUAUUUUCUUCAGAUCAGGCCUCUGGUGGACCCCACAAGGGCUAUUAUAAAAGAGGAUAAUAUAAAUUACUCUUGGCAUGAUUUUGUCUCUAAAAAUAAUCAUAAUGCUUUGACAGUUGUUAGCGUGUGGGCUCCUGUGGUUGCUAUUUAUCUUCUAGAUAUUUAUGUGUUUUACACACUUGUAUCGGCUGUCUAUGGAUUCUUACUGGGGGCAAGAGAUCGACUGGGAGAGAUUAGGUCAUUGGAAGCACUGCAUAGACUUUUUGAGCAGUUUCCUAGAGCUUUUAUGGACACACUUCAUGUUCCUCUACCCAACAGGAGUUCCCAUCAGUCUUCUGUUCAGGUUGUGGAGAAAAACAAGGUUGAUGCUGCUCGGUUUGCCCCCUUUUGGAAUGAGAUCAUAAGGAAUCUAAGGGAGGAGGAUUACGUAACCAACUUCGAAAUGGAGUUGCUUUUAAUGCCUAAGAAUUCUGGGGAUCUUCCUUUGGUUCAAUGGCCACUUUUUCUACUUGCAAGCAAGAUAUUUUUGGCUAGGGAUAUUGCUGUUGAGAGUAAAGAUACUCAAGAUGAGCCUUGGGAUAGGAUUUCCCGAGAUGAUUAUAUGAUGUAUGCUGUUCAGGAGUGUUACUAUGCUAUUAAAUUCAUUUUGACAGAGAUAUUAGAUGAUGUGGGAAGGAAGUGGGUUGAAAGGAUAUAUGAUGAUAUUAAUGCUAGUAUCACAAAGAGGAGUAUUCAUGUGGACUUCCAAUUAAAUAAAUUGGCUCUUGUGAUAACAAGAGUAACUGCAUUGAUGGGUAUCCUGAAAGAGACUGAAACACCUGAACUGGAAAGGGGUGCAGUUAGGGCUGUGCAGGAUCUGUAUGAUGUUAUGCGACAUGAUGUCCUUUCAAUAAAUAUGAGGGAGAAUUAUGACACAUGGAGUUUACUGAAAAAAGCUAGGGAUGAAGGGCAUUUGUUUGAAAAGUUGAAAUGGCCCAAGAAUACAGAUUUAAAAAUGCAAGUCAAAAGAUUGUAUUCACUGCUGACUAUCAAAGAGUCUGCCUCGAGCAUUCCAAAAAAUCUUGAGGCCAGGCGACGACUUCAGUUUUUCACAAAUUCACUUUUUAUGAAGAUGCCUUGUGCAAAGCCAGUUCGGGAGAUGUUAUCCUUUAGUGUUUUCACUCCUUAUUAUUCUGAGAUUGUGCUUUAUAGCAUGGCUGAACUCCUAAAGAAAAACGAAGACGGCAUUUCAAUUUUGUUCUACCUUCAGAAGAUAUAUCCAGACGAGUGGAAAAACUUUCUUGCCCGAAUUGGCCGUGAUGAAAAUACACUUGAGAGUGAACUUUAUGAUAAUCCUAGUGAUAUUCUUGAACUGCGAUUUUGGGCUUCAUAUCGGGGGCAAACAUUGGCCAGAACAGUUCGGGGGAUGAUGUAUUAUAGGAAAGCUCUUAUGCUUCAGACCUAUUUGGAGAGGACAACAGCAGGAGAUUUGGAGGCUGCAAUAGGUUGUGAGGAAGUAACCGAUACACAUGGCUUUGAAUUAUCCCCUGAGGCACGUGCCCAGGCAGAUCUUAAGUUCACUUAUGUUUUGACAUGUCAAAUUUAUGGUAAGCAGAAAGAAGAGCAAAAGCCCGAGGCUGCUGAUAUUGCUUUACUUAUGCAAAGAAAUGAAGCUCUUCGGGUCGCUUUCAUUGAUGUUGUUGAAACUUUGAAAGAGGGAAAAGUGAACACUGAAUACUACUCAAAGCUUGUGAAAGCUGAUAUCAAUGGGAAAGACAAGGAGAUAUACUCGGUGAAGUUGCCUGGAAAUCCCAAAUUGGGUGAAGGGAAGCCCGAGAAUCAAAAUCAUGCAAUUGUAUUUACGCGUGGAAAUGCAGUCCAAACAAUUGACAUGAAUCAGGAUAACUAUUUUGAGGAAGCUUUGAAGAUGAGGAACCUUCUUGAAGAAUUUCAUUCUGAUCAUGGGCUUCGUCCUCCUUCUAUACUUGGUGUUAGAGAACAUGUCUUCACCGGCAGUGUCUCAUCUCUAGCGUCAUUUAUGUCCAAUCAAGAAACUAGUUUUGUGACUUUAGGGCAGCGAGUUUUAGCAAAUCCAUUGAAGGUCCGCAUGCACUAUGGGCAUCCUGAUGUUUUUGAUAGAAUAUUCCACGUAACCCGUGGUGGUAUCAGCAAGGCUUCCCGUGUUAUCAACAUUAGUGAAGAUAUCUAUUCAGGAUUCAAUUCAACCUUACGUCAAGGAAAUAUUACACAUCAUGAAUAUAUUCAGGUUGGUAAGGGAAGAGAUGUUGGGCUCAAUCAGAUUGCACUAUUUGAAGGAAAAGUUUCUGGUGGUAACGGUGAACAAGUUCUCAGCCGUGAUGUAUACAGACUUGGACAGCUUUUUGAUUUCUUCCGGAUGCUGUCUUUCUAUUUUACAACAGUUGGAUACUACUUUUGUACCAUGCUAACAGUGUUAACUGUAUAUGCCUUUCUUUAUGGGAAAGCGUAUUUGGCACUAUCUGGUGUUGGUGAAACCAUUGAAGAAAGGGCUAGGAUAACUAAGAACACUGCACUGAGUGCUGCUUUGAAUACACAAUUUCUCUUUCAAAUUGGUAUCUUCACUGCUGUGCCAAUGAUCUUGGGCUUCAUUCUUGAGCAAGGUUUCUUGAGGGCCAUUGUCAGUUUUGUCACAAUGCAGUUCCAGCUUUGCACUGUCUUUUUCACAUUUUCCUUGGGUACAAGAACACAUUAUUUUGGUCGGACCAUUCUUCAUGGUGGUGCAAGGUAUCAAGCAACUGGCCGCGGUUUUGUUGUCCGCCAUAUCAAAUUUUCAGAGAACUACAGACUCUACUCUCGUAGUCAUUUUGUUAAAGGGUUGGAGGUUGCACUUCUGUUGAUAGUAUUUCUUGCUUAUGGCUCUAAUGAAGGUGGUGCACUCUCAUAUAUUCUUUUGAGUAUAAGCAGUUGGUUUAUGGCUCUAUCCUGGUUGUUUGCUCCAUAUUUAUUCAACCCGUCUGGAUUUGAGUGGCAAAAGGUGGUGGAAGAUUUCAGAGAUUGGACAAAUUGGCUACUCUACCGAGGUGGAAUUGGUGUUAAGGGAGAAGAAAGCUGGGAAGCUUGGUGGGAAGAAGAACUGGCUCAUAUCAGGAGCUUGGGUUCAAGGAUAGCAGAAACCAUUCUGAGUCUUAGAUUUUUCAUCUUUCAAUAUGGUAUUGUGUACAAGCUUAACGUGAAAGGAACAAGUACUUCACUGACGGUUUAUGGACUCUCAUGGGUAGUUCUGGCUGUGCUUAUAAUUCUUUUCAAGGUAUUCACCUUUAGCCAGAAGAUAUCGGUCAAUUUCCAGCUUCUUUUGCGCUUUAUACAAGGAGUCUCCCUUUUGGUUGCACUGGCUGGUUUAGUUGUAGCAGUUAUAUUGACCAAACUGUCUUUACCGGACAUAUUUGCUUCUAUGUUGGCUUUCAUUCCUACUGGUUGGGGAAUUCUGUCAAUUGCUGCUGCCUGGAAGCCGGUGAUGAAGAGGCUCGGACUAUGGAAAUCCGUUCGAUCAAUUGCUCGCCUCUAUGAUGCUGGUAUGGGAAUGCUCAUCUUUGUACCCAUUGCCUUCUUUUCGUGGUUCCCAUUUGUAUCAACAUUCCAAACUCGCCUAAUGUUUAACCAGGCUUUUAGCCGAGGGUUAGAAAUUUCUCUUAUUCUAGCUGGGAACAAUCCCAAUACUGGGAUAUAGUUGUAUUUGGCUCAGGCCUUGUUCCUAAACGAGAUACAAUCUAUGGUGUCUUUUAAAUUUUGCGGGGGUGAGUCGGUAAAUCUUCUUGUAGGAAGCCUAGAUUUCUGUAAAAAUCGUCAGCAUUGUGAAUAGUUGUAUCAUCAAUUUUCUAGUGUAUGUCAUUUAAAUCGUCAUGUAGUAUUGGGUUUAAUGCAAUGCACUAUCAGUUUUGAAUUUUCUUGUAUUCUUCCAAUUAAACUAUUUCCUUCCAGAAUUGAAA